AUGACGGCUCUGGAUAAUCAUCUUCAGCAGAUCUCUUCCUGUGCAGCCGGUAUUAGCGACAUUGCCUUUCCCCCGCCCAAAAUAUUCACCAACGCACUCCUCCAAACGCACGACAUCACGACCCUUAUACGCGAUACCGAACUGCACGAGCGUGCACUAUUCUCUGUCCCACCUCCACCACCCACGCCUAAAGCGCAAGACCCGUCCAUAAGCUCGAAUCGUAGGAACACGGUUUUCAACAUCAAUGGCGCGACUACAGUUACAGGGGGUGGCGCAAACGCCGUGAGAGCGCCCAGGAGAAACACUGCUGUUGCUGCUGUGUUGGGCACAGAGCUGGUGGAGAAGAUCAGACGUGGUGGCGGUGGUGGCGUUGGCACUGGGAUGGGAUACAGAACAUUCGAUGCCCGAGACAAACACGACAUUGAUGUGAACGUACUCUUAGAGGGCGCGGAAAGACUCUGCAGUGUGUAUCCCAUUGCCGGCGCGCAAGAGAAGAUUGCAGCCCUGCGCAAACGACAUCUCGAGUUGAUCGUGUCUAUCGAAGACUAUGAGAUCAAAGUCGCCGAACAAAACGAACGGUUGAAUCGAAUGAACCGUCGCCGUGACUUUGACGAUGAUGAUGAGGCAGAUCAGCAUCCCGAGGCGGAACCAGAAUCAAUACAGGCACCUCUGACCGAUGAAGACUAUCAUAGAGAAGAAGAGGCAAUUAAGGAGCUUGAACAAAAGAAGCUUGGACUCGAAGAACGUGUUACUUCGAUGGGCAAAGACAUUACAGGGGUCCUGCGAUGA